GGCCAAGGCGAGCUGUCAGCGGUCGGGGCGGAGCGCGGAGGAAGAGCAGCGAAGGGAAGGGAAGGGACGGAAGGGGCCGAGGCGCAGCCGGUGCGGGCGGCGGCGAGAAUGGCGGCCGGUGGCGGAGCCGGAGCAGCGGGCGCCCCGCCAGGUCCAACCCUAAUCCUCCUGUGUCCUGACCUGACCCCGCCCGGCCAAGAACUCUAACAGUGUUGCAACGCAGAAUCCCAAAGAUGAACAAGGAAACCACAGGGGUAUCUGAGAACAGCCAUCACCUGAAGGUUUUCCUGCCCAAGAAGCUAGUGGAUUGUGUGCCCAAGUGCCCAGCUUUGCCCCCAGAGCGGCUGCGAUGGAACACCAAUGAGGAGAUCGCCUCCUAUUUGAUCACCUUUGAGAAGCACGAAGAAUGGCUCUCCUGUUCCCCCAAGACCAGGCCACAGAAUGGCUCCAUCAUCCUGUACAACCGCAAGAAGGUGAAAUAUCGCAAGGACGGCUACUGCUGGAAGAAGCGCAAGGACGGGAAGACCACCCGCGAGGACCACAUGAAGCUGAAAGUAAAAGGGGUCGAGUGUCUCUACGGCUGCUACGUCCAUUCGGCCAUCGUCCCAACAUUCCACCGGCGUUGCUAUUGGCUCCUGCAGAAUCCAGACAUCGUGCUGGUGCACUACCUGAACGUCCCGGCCAUCGAAGACUGCGGGAAGAUCUGCGGCCCCGUCCUUUGCUCCAUCAACAGCGAUCGCAAGGAGUGGCUGAAGUGGUCGAAAGAAGAGCUGGUCGGGCAGCUGAAGCCCAUGUUCCACGGCAUCAAGUGGACCUGCAGCAACGGGAAUGGCACGUCUGAGUUCUCCAUUGAGCAGCUGGUGCACCAGAUCCUGGAAAGCCACCAGGCCAAGCCCCCGCCCCGGACACACGCCUGCCUCUGCAGCAGCAGCCUUGGGAGCCCUGGGCACAUCCCGCACAAAUGCAGCAGCACGAAACACCGCAUCAUCUCCCCGAAGGUGGAAGUCCGCCCCAGUCCCUACCCUGCCCUGACGGAAGUCCAGAACAUUUCUGGUGGCGCCGAAGCGAAAGCUGAGCCCGAGUUGGCCAAGCCGUCCGGAUCGGAGAAAGAAUCUAAGCUGCCCAAGGCCCUUCAGCCUGGCCUGGCCAACGCCUGUCCUGACUCCACGCAGCCCUCGCCCGGCCUGGCACCACCCGAUGGCUUCCCCAAGCAGGAGCUGCCGGCUGUCACGCUUUCCGUCAGCCUUCCGGGGAGCACCAUUCUGGUCAUGACCGGCCUGGGCGGCACGGAGAAGCCCCUGACUUUUCCCCCCAGCCAGCACCUGGUCUCGGGAGAUGGUGGCGGGACACCGGCCGCCCCUCUGGGGCUAGCCCUCCUGCCCGGCCCCGGCCUGGUCCUCUCCCAGAACCUGGAGGCUACCAUGGAGACGAACGAGGAGGGGACGGAGACCUUUGACCCCGACUGCUUCCUCAACAGCCCCAAGCAGGGGCAGACCUACGGGGGUGGGGCGGAGCUCCAAGCCAAAGCGGAGCCGCCCCCGGAGUCCUCCACCCGGCCCGUUUACUCGCUCUACGUGUCCACGAACCGCUUCUUCAUCCAAGACGAUGGAGCCGGACAAGUGCCAAUGCCGCCUUCGCCCUCUGCCGCCGAGGGGACGGAGCUGAAGGACCGUCCCGAGACCCCCAUGGAGACCACCGGCGAGGGGGGCUCGCAGGCCGAGCAGGCGCUGGGCGAGAGUGGGCGGGGCCCAGCCGAGGAGGUGGCGACGAUGGCGGCCUCAGAGCUCCACGACGAGCUGUACUCCAUCAUCCAGACGGCAGCAGCGGCGGCAGCAGGAAGCUCCUUCGGCCUCUCCUUCGACAGCCGCUUCCCAGACCUCAUGAGCGAACUCAUGACCGAGGAGCCGGGCAGCAUGCCUGGCCCCAAGGAAGGCAGCGCCCACCCGGGCAGUCCGGCCCCCGUCCUGCCGGAGGCUCUGGCUAUGCAGCCUGGCUAUGAGGCCGAAGGAGCCACCACCCCGCAGCCACUGGCCCCCAUCACUGACUUCUCCCCGGAGUGGUCCUACCCAGAGGGCGGGGUCAAGGUACUCAUCACGGGCCCUUGGGCGGAGGAGGCGGAGCCCUACACCUGCCUCUUCGACCAGAUCUCGGUCCCCGCCUCCCUUAUCCAGGCGGGAGUGCUGAGAUGCUACUGCCCAGCCCACGAGGCCGGGUUGGUGCCCCUGCAAGUCGCUCAGGAUUCCAGGCUGGUCUCCCUGUCGGUCCUUUUCGAGUACCGAGCCCGCAACUUCAUGGCGCUGCCCAGCACCCAGCUGGAUUGGCUCUCCCUGGAUGACAACCAGUUCCGAAUGUCUAUCCUGGAGCGGCUGGAGCAGAUGGAGAAGCGAGUAGCUGAGAUGACUGCUGUCCCCACGGCCCCCCAGCCCCAGGGGGAGAAGCUGCCCAGCCAGGCUGCUUCAGACUCCUUCGAGGAGCGCAUCGUGUCUUUGUGUGAGAAGAUGAUGUCUCGGUCCUGCUGGCUCCGCUCGGAGACGCUCGUCCACCACAUCAGCUUCCGGGGGAUGACCCUGCUGCACCUGGCUGCGGCGCAAGGCUACACCCGCCUCAUUGAGACCCUCAUCAAGUGGCGAAAUGUCAAUGCCGAGAGCCUCGAUCUGGAGCAGGAGGUGGACCCCCUCAACGUGGACCAUUUCUCCUGCACCCCCCUGAUGUGGGCCUGUGCCCUCGGCCACCUGGAAGCUGCCCGGCUCCUCUACCACUGGAACAGCCGGGCCCUUUCCAUCCCAGACUCUCUGGGCCGCCUCCCGCUCACGGUGGCUCGCUCCCGGGGCCACGUCAAGUUGGCCACUUGCCUGGAGGAACUGCAGCGGCUGGAAGAGGGGCCCUGUGAGCAGCCAGGCCUGGACCCCUUGGGGGAGGCUCCUGCCAAGGCCGGCCCCAGCCCCCGGCACCCUGCAGAAGCCCUGCGCAUCCCCUCCCCGCUCUCGGCCAGUCCGGACACAGGGCUCAGCACCGCCAGCGGUGUCUCGUCCCCCUCUGAACUCUCGGAGGGCUCCGUCUCCAUCACCUCGGCCUACUCCAGUGGCUCGGCGCUGCGGGAGUCCCCUGCCUACAGCCCUGAUGUGGAGGGAGCCAUGGACGUCUGCCGGGGGCCCCUUGUACCCGACAGCUGGUGCCUGCAGGAGAACGCCAGCCCCCCUCUCCUGCCUCCUCAUGCCCCCCCCUUCUUGAUGGACUACGAUGAGGUGGGAGCUGCGGGGGGGCCGGCAGGAGGCCCCAGAGCAGACCUGGAGCCGGAGUUGAUGAGCUACGGGGGAGAGAACGUGGAAAACGAGGACUACCUGCCCGCUACGGAUGUCCUGCAGGUGGACAUGGUCACGCUGGCCAAACAGAUCAUCGAGGCGACCCCAGAGCGCAUCAAGCAAGAGGACUUCAGCGCGGCUGAGGCCCCGCUCCGAGAGCGGCCGGGCAACCUCGGCUUGAACGAGACCAUGGCCUGGCUGGCCGGCUACCUGGAGAACGUGGACCAGCUGCCUCACUUCGCCCAGCGCAGGUCUGGCCACACCCUCCCCCCCCAGUGGAGUGGGGGGGCUGCAGUGAAGGAGGAAGUCGCCUGCUCACCCUUCCCCCUCCCUCUCUCCCCCAGGCCCCUGGCUGCCUCCCCCGCUGCCCACUCCUGCCUCAGCCCCCUGCCCUCCCCGCUGGGGGAGCUGUCUCUCGAGCGGCUGCCCCCGCCCCCCACGGCGGCCAGCUGGGCCGAGUUCCUCAACGCCUCUGCCAACGGGAAGAUGGAGAGCGAGUUCGCCUUGCUGACUCUGUCUGACCACGAGCAGCGAGAGCUCUACGAAGCCGCCAAAAUCAUCCAGACCGCCUUCCGCAAGUACAAGGGUCGCCGGCUGAAGGAACAGCAAGAAGUGGCUGCCGCAGUCAUCCAGAGAUGCUACCGCAAGUAUAAGCAGUACGCCCUCUACAAGAAGAUGACGCAGGCGGCCAUCUUGAUCCAGAGCAAGUUCCGCAGCUACUACGAGCAGAAGAAGUUCCAGCAGAGCCGGCGGGCGGCGGUCCUGAUCCAGCAGUACUACCGCAGCUACAAGGAGUACGAGAAGCUGAAGCCGGGCCACCGCGCCUCUGCUGCCAUGCAGCAGAAGAUCAAGGGGACGUUCCUGACCAAGAAGCAAGACCAGGCGGCUCGGAAGAUAAUGCGAUUCCUGCGACGUUGCCGGCACAGAAUGAAGGAACUGAAGCAGCGGCAGGAGCUGGAAGCCGCCCAGAAGCGGAGCGUGGCCACUUAGCUGGAGCCGAACCGCGCCAGGCCACCACCGAAGAGUCUUAACCCAGCCGAGGCCCCUUGAAGGAUCAGA